AUGUCGACCGGACGCAAGAUCUUUCACUGCGCCGUGGAUGAGACGGCUUUGACUACCAAUAUCAGCGAGAUUAAGAAAUGGACCACCAACGGGUCCAUCGAUCUCAUUGUUCCUCUUUACACUCUUGAGCGGCUCCACGCCUUGAAGCGGGCGGGAUCGCAAACCGCCAUCAAUGCCCGCGAGGCCGUUCGUUUCCUCGACCGAGUCACCUCCGGCAAAGACGCCAUCGCAUCCAAUAGGAUCGAAAUCCAAGGUCCCAAUCAACUGUUCGAGCACUGGGAGGAUGCGGAGAAAUUCUUCUUGCCCGAAUUCGAGGAGGAACCGAGCGACGAAGUCAAUGCGAAUGCCCAUACUCUGAAAUCGCCGACCCAGCGACGGGAGACCACCGGCGCACCAGAAUCGGAUGACUUAUCCCAGAUGUUACUCAGCAGAUUGAACUUCAAGAAAGAUCCUGAAGCGGCCUCUAAUACGUCCGCUGGAUCCCCAAGCGGGCCAGCCUCGCGCACUUCCUCCCGUAGCUCUCGCACCAGCCCCGAAUGCGCUCAGCAUGAGAAUGGCAAUACAGCCAAAGCUGGGAAGUCAAAGCAUGGUCAUCAGCGCACAGGAUCGUCCACGAUUCCCGUGGCCCCGGCUGAGCUCCGCCCGUUACUGAGUGCUCUCCUGUGGCGCCUGCACAGCGGUCCCGAUGGUGAGAAGUCCGGGAAUGGCUGUAUCCUCGUAUCCAACGACCGCGCGACUCAAAUUUGGGCCCAAAAAUUCGGAAUUGGUGUGAAAAAUAUCGUCCAACUGCGUACUGCGAUUCAAUACGAAGAGCGCGAAUACAAGAAUCGCUGCAAAUACGUUGAGAAGACCCAGACCCAGAUCCAGACCCAGAAUCAGACUCCCGAACCCAAGACUCUCCUGUCCUAUGAGGAUGAAAGCGACGAAGAUGAGUUGGUCUUUGUCCCUCGCGGCCGCGGCAGUGGCAAGGGCCCUUCCCGGGGUUCGCGCGGCGCGGCAUCACGCAAACCUGCUGUAAAGACCAACCCCCCAGCCGUCGUGGAGCCCCCAACGACCGCACCGAUCGAAGUGCCCACCCAACCUAUUGACCCGAACUCGUUCAGCCGAUCCAUUGGUGGGGCCACCAAGGCUUCAUCCGCCAUUGAUCCGAGCCCGCCGCAGGGCGCCGCUCGCGGAAACGCAGCAUCCCGGCGUGGCUCCAACGGGCGCCGUGGUGGAUCUAGCCGUGGAUCUGGUCGUGGUGCCCCUCGUGGUGCCCCUCGUGGUGCUGCACGAGGCAACACCCGCGGCCGGGGCAAGCUUUGGGUUCCUUGA